CUUUCUUUCAACUUAUUUUAUAUUCAAAUGGCCCAAAAAACCUUUGAUAGAGCUGCUCUUGAGCAACUUAUUGUGAAACGUUUCUUUUAUGCUCCCUCUUUCCAAAUCUAUGGAGGUGUUGCUGGUUUUUAUGACUUUGGUCCUACUGGUUGUGCCUUGAUGAACAAUAUUAUUAGUGUAUGGCGUAACCAUUUCGUAUUGGAAGAAGAAAUGCUUGAAUUAGAUACUACUAUCAUGACCACUCACGAAGUUCUCAAGACCUCUGGUCACGUCGAUAAAUUUGCUGAUUGGAUGUGUAAGGAUUUGAAGAAUGGUGAAAUUUUCCGUGCUGAUCAUGUUGUGGAAGCUGUAUUGGAAGCUCGUUUGGCUGGUGAUUAUCAAGCACGCGCUGCUAAGGAAGGUAAUGCUGAAGCUCAAGUCUUGGUGGAAAAGAAGGAUCCCAAGAAAAAAAAGAAGAAGGGUACUGUGGUGGCUGUGGAACUUGAAGAAGCUGUACGUAAACAAUAUGAAGAAACCUUGGCUCAAAUCGAUAACUACAGUGGUCAAGAAUUGGCAGAUAUCAUGAAAAAAUUCGAUAUUCGAUCUCCUGAAACUGGUAAUGAAUUAUCUGUUCCUCAAGAAUUCAACUUGAUGUUCGAUAGUAGUAUUGGUCCUACAGGUCAACUCAAAGGUUAUCUUCGUCCUGAAACUGCCCAAGGUCAAUUCCUUAACUUUAAACGUCUUUUGGAAUUCAACAAUGAUAAAAUGCCUUUUGCUUCUGCUCAAGUGGGUCGUUCUUUCCGUAAUGAAAUUAGUCCUAGAUCAGGUCUUUUACGUGUUCGUGAAUUCACCAUGGCCGAAAUUGAACAUUUCGUUGAUCCUGAAAACAAGGAUCAUCCCAACUUUGUUGAUGUCAAGGAUGUUGUGAUUACUCUUUUAUCCAAGGAUGUUCAAUUAUCUGGUAAAACUCAAACUCGUGACAUGACUGUUGGUGAAGCUGUAGAAAAGAAAAUCAUUGAUAAUCAAACUCUUGGUUACUUUAUUGCUCGUAUCUAUCUCUUUUUGACCAAGAUUGGUAUCAAGCGUGAUCGACUUCGAUUCCGUCAACAUAUGGAUAAUGAAAUGGCUCAUUAUGCAACUGAUUGUUGGGAUGCUGAAAUUCAUACCAGUUAUGGUUGGAUUGAAUGUGUUGGUUGUGCUGAUCGAUCUGCUUAUGAUUUGACUGUGCAUUCUCGUCGUACCAAAGAAAAGUUGGUAGUCCGUGAACAACUUGAAACACCUCGUGUGAUUGAACAAUGGCAAUUGGAAAUUAACAAAAAGACAUUUGGUCCUAAAUACAAGAAGAAUGCCAAGGCGGUUGAAGAAGCUCUUUUGUCAUACACUGAUGAAUGCUACGAAAAAUUACAAAAGGAUUUGGAAACCAAUGGCUCUGCUUCUGUAGAAGUAGAUGGCGUUACUUUUGAAGUUAGCAAGGACGAUGUGACAAUUGCUCGUGGUACUGUGACUGAACAUAUCCGUGAAUACACUCCCAACGUUAUUGAACCUUCCUUUGGUAUUGGUCGUAUUCUCUAUGCUCUUUUGGAACAUAGCUGGUGGGUACGUGAAGACGAUGAAGCUCGUAAUGUCUUAUCUUUCCCUACUGUGGUUGCUCCUUUCAAGUGCUGUCUCUUGCCUUUAUCUGGUAAUGCUUGCUUUGAUCCUUUUGUCAAGAAAUUCUCUCGUCAACUUCGUCAAAGUGGUGUGUCUACACGCACUGAUGACAGUAAAGCUUCCAUUGGUCGACGAUAUGCUCGCAAUGAUGAACUUGGUACUCCUUUCGCUAUCACUAUUGAUUUCCAAACUGUUGAAGACAACACUGUUACCUUGCGCCAACGUGACUCUACUGAACAAAUCCGUGAUACUUUUGAAAACAUUUUGAAGAUCGUCAAGGAAUCUGGUGAUGACAUCUAGAUUAGUUAGUUUUAUAUAGAUAUAUUAUAUUUUUAACAAUUUCAAAUAAAUGUACAAAGUUUUGAUAUUUU